AUGAAUAUAACGUCGUCUUCUCUAUCAUCAACAACAGCUUCAUUAUAUCGAAAUGAUGUCGCUUCUUAUGUGUCUGGCUCGGUCUCCAUUGCUUGUUGGAUUGUGGUUCUAAUCCCACAACUCUACACAAACUACAAACUAAAGUCCAGCGAAUCAUUAUCAACAACGUUUCUUCUAAUUUGGUUUGCUGGGGACGCGUUAAACUUUGCCGGCGCUGUCUUGCAGGAUUUAUUGCUUACUAUGAUCGUCCUCGCUUUUUAUUAUAACAUCACUGACCUCAUCUUGCUGUGCCAAGUAUAUUAUUAUCGCCGAUACGGACGACGACCCUCAAAAGAAGAUGAAGAACAAAUUUAUGCAACCGAAGAAACACCACUAGUCCCACAACAUAAUCAUCGACCCGCAUCAAUAAUCGGACCUUCGAUACUUUGUAUUGUGGUCACGGGUCUGGUCUCGUAUUAUCAUUAUUCGGCUAUUGAGGAGGAUGAGAAUGUCAUUGGAAAUGACUCGGUUAUUUCUAGAUUUUCAAUUCUUCAAUCACCAAAAGUGUCUCCUUCUCCGGCUAUGAUUUUGUUGGGGCAGACUCUUGGUUGGGGUAGUGCAGUUCUUUACCUUGGUUCACGCAUUCCUCAGCUUGUAAUGAACUAUGAAAACCAAUCUUGCGAGGGUUUAUCCCUUUCAAUGUUCUUUUUUAGUGUUUUAGGGAAUUUCACGUAUUGCUCGUCGAUACUAUUUCACUCAGUAGAUCGCAAAUUCAUAUUACGUAAUCUUCCAUGGUUAAUUGGUAGCGGGGGAACUUUAUUGUUCGAUUUCAUGAUCUUUGUUCAAUUCUAUCUGUAUCGAAACAGAAGAGCAGUUGAUAUCAAACAAAUGUCAGAGGGCAUAUCGACAUUAGCAUCGUCAUCAUCUCCACCGCCAUCAUACUCGGAGAUCUAA